AUGGUUGACCAUCAUGUCCAAGCGUUGUCGGGCAAUGACAUGAACCUCACCUCUUUGUUCACGACAGACCACCUUCAUGCCCAUGAUGGAGCCGACUUUUUGGCAGCGGAGCUGGGCAUCUUCAACAAGACUAUUGCCGAUAUUUUCGCCUCACAUGUGUCCAGCUUUGAGAACAGUCCCAUUCAAGCCAGAAGCUCUAUCAACGGCAAAUGCCAGGGCCAUGGCAACAUUGAAGAUAGCCUGAGCAGCCUUCAGAUUAACACCAUUUGCUAUGCUAUCGCGAGUGGUGCAGCCGGCGGUGUCACCGCAGUCGUUGGUGUCGUUGACAGCAAGGUUUGCGUUGAGGCUGGUACUGGUCAUCCCCUGCCCUCGUGUAAGAGUAUUUUUGCGUUCAUCAAUACCGCUGGCACGACAUUCACUGGUGGCAUGGUCAACACUUAUUGCCCUCAAUUCCUCAGUCUCUUUGUGUCAUGCCAUGGCUCUGAUACACAGGCCACUGCACGAAGCAACAAGGCCUUUGAGAUGACUGGAUUCAACACUCAGAAAGACUACAACUGCAAGGAACCCCAUCAGGGUGAGCAAUGCGUUGCGACAACUGUCCAGUAA